GAAGCUCCAAAGUCCAAACCAUGCCGGUCCUUUGAGCCUGCCUGCUAGUUGGAGGUGGCGAAGAAGAAGAAGAAGAAGAAAGGAGCUUUCCUGAGAAGAGCUCCAUCCAUCCGCGGCGCAAAGAGAAUAGGAAAGAAACUCCUCGCUCCGGCUUUAGAAACUGUCCUAUGCGCGAAGGAAGCCCUAGGUCGAACGCCGCAAGCAAAAAUCCACAAAACACCGAUUGCAGAAUACUAGUAGACUGAAAUCAUUGUUACAUCGAUUUAGAUUAAGCUGUUCUUUCUACAAUCUGAAACCCUAAACCACAAUCAUCUCUGAGCUCCCUGAAAAGAAAGAGAUAUGGUGGCGGCAAGAAGCGACCAGAACCAAGAUGGAUCAGACGAACAACAAAGGCGAUCGGAGAUCUACACAUACGAAGCUCCAUGGAACAUAUACGCAAUGAAUUGGAGUGUCCGUCGCGACAAACAGUACCGUUUAGUGAUAGCCAGCUUACUAGAGCAGUAUUCAAAUAGGGUCGAAAUUGUCCAUCUUGAUGACUCCAACGGUGAGAUAAAAUCAGACACAAACCUCUCCUUCGACCAUCCAUACCCACCCACGAAGGCCAUCUUCAUCCCAGACAAGGAAUGUCAAAAACCCGACUUACUAGCAACAUCCAGCGAUUUCCUUCGUAUUUGGGGAAUCACUGAAGAACGAGUUGAGCUUAGAAGCCUCUUGAAUAACAAUAGUAACAGCAAAUUUUGCGGUCCAAUAACCUCCUUCGAUUGGAACGAGGCAGAACCGAAGCGAGUGGGAACUUCCAGCAUCGACACGACUUGCACCAUAUGGGACAUUGAACGCGAAACUGUAGACACUCAGUUAAUCGCACACGAUAAAGAGGUUUACGAUAUCGCAUGGGGUGGGGUUGGUGUUUUCGCAUCUGUUUCUGCUGAUGGGUCGGUUAGGGUUUUCGAUCUGAGAGAUAAAGAGCACUCGACCAUUAUAUAUGAGAGCUCGGAACCUGAUACUCCUUUGGUUCGACUUGGAUGGAACAAGCAGGAUCCUAGGUACAUGGCUACUGUUAUUAUGGAUAGUGCUAAGGUAGUUGUGCUCGAUAUUCGCUUUCCAACUCUACCGGUUGUGGAAUUACAGAGACAUCAGGCAGGUGUUAAUGCGAUAGCAUGGGCUCCUCAUAGUUCAUGUCACAUAUGUACUGCUGGUGACGAUUCUCAGGCGCUUAUUUGGGAUUUGUCUUCGAUGGGGCAGCAGCCAGUUGAUGGUGGUUUGGAUCCGAUUCUAGCGUAUUCUGCUGGUGCUGAAAUCGAGCAAUUGCAGUGGUCAUCGUCAUUGCCUGAUUGGGUUGCUAUUGCUUUCUCUAGUAAGCUUCAAAUUCUUAGGGUAUGAUCUUUAUUUUCUGCUUAACCUAAACACCAAACCUGUUAGUUUUUCUGCUUCUUUUAACUUUCAUGAAUUUGUUGUUGCUUUUAAGUUCUCCAAUGAAUAAUGCCAUAUUUGCAAUGAAGAGAAUAGUAAUUUAGCCUA